GUAACCUUACGUCGGUGAGUCGACGCAAACUGAGGAAGGUGAAGCUGAAAGAACGAGGUUUCGCGACGUUUCUGUGUCUGUGCGUCGAGGGCGGUUAGGGUCUGAGUUCUUUAGUUUGUGGUGUGUUGUUUUGUGGUUGAGCUCGACAAGCCAAAGUUUUUUUAUAGCCUAUUCGUGGAACUAUUUUUAUUAUUAUUAUUAUUGGAGAUAAUGGUCAAAGUUAAUAAUUCUCAUUUGUUAGCCAUUUUUAUAUUCAAAUCAACAUUUCUAUUGAAUUUGUGAAUGAUCCAUGCUAAUUCUAGUAGUUACCGUACCAAACUACUGACGGACUGAACUAACCAUUAUAGAGAUCAGGGCAGUGGAGUCUAAAAAAAAAAAAUUCAACCUUAAAGAAAGAUGCAUCACCUCAGUUGGUGGUACCGUGGUGUACCGUAUCUUUUGACUUACAGACUUAUGAUUCCAUGGAGAAGGAAACUUUAUCUUCGUAAAAAAUAGGAAAAAAACUAAUUUUUGGCAUAUAAAUACAAUAAAUUAUUUGUCUGUUGAGAAUGCUUAGUCAACUUUAGAAUUUUGGCUUCAACUACCAUCACAAGAAGUAUGAAAUUUUGGCUCUCAACAAAUUCUAAAUUUGUAACUCGAGUCUGAAACGAUUUUUAAAAUUAGUCCUUGUUAAGACCUGUUAUUGAUAUAGUGAUGAGUUUAUAAAAUAACAGAUUUUCACACCAAUAAAAGCUGAUAAUAUGUUCUCAUUCUUAACUGAACUCGGCCACGGACAGAACUGCAGAAGAGCCAUAUAAACUUACCAACUUACUUAUUGUUACUAUAACAAGCAACCACAAUUUUGUUCAUGUCUGGUGAUUUAUGAACUUCGACGCACCUUCACACUUUCCAAUUUUUAGUUUUGAAUCAUUUCCAUUAUUAAUCUGUUAUAAUUUUUAUUGAUAUUUUCUUAUUUUAUAAUAAAUUGUACCAAAAUUUGUGUCAUCAUUGGUAGCUAGUCUCAUCGACAAAAAGACAACUUCAUCAAACGACACAAUGGCUCUUAAAAGAAUUCACAAGGAAUUUAAAGAUUUUGAAAAAGAUCCUCCAGCACAAUGUAGUGCGGGACCAGUUGGCGAGGAUAUGUUUCAGUGGCAAGCUUCUAUUGCUGGACCAUCUGAUACACCAUUUCAAGGAGGACUAUUUUUCUUAAGUAUUCAUUUUCCUACAGAUUAUCCUUUUAAACCACCUAAGGUUGCAUUUACAACUAAGAUAUAUCAUCCUAAUAUAAAUAAUAACGGCAGCAUAUGUUUAGAUAUAUUAAGAUCGCAGUGGUCACCUGCAUUAACCAUAUCUAAGGUAUUAUUAUCAAUAUCUUCACUUAUGUGUGAUCCAAAUCCAGACGAUCCUCUGGUACCUGAAGCUGCUAGAUUGUAUAAGACGGAUAGAAGCAAGUAUGACAGUCUGGCUAGAGAAUGGACAAUGAAAUAUGCCUGUUUAUGAUUAUAUCUACUUUGAUUAAGAUUGAGAAACAUUUUUAAUAAACUAGAUUGUAUCAUAUUAUAUUUGCUUCUUAUAUUUAGACUGAAAAUUUCUUUCAUCGAAAAAAAUUCAUUAUGUUUAAUUAUCUAUCUGUGAUAUUCGUUGGAUAACAAUUUCAGAUUCAUUUUUGUGAAACAAGAUGUUGCGUAUUGUUUUAUCGUUUUUUUUUACAUGCUUUACAUUGAGGUGUUUAUAGUACAACCCUAACUUUUGAUAAAGUUUUAAAAAAGUAGUAGUUUGAAGGUUUUAAUUAUUAUUAGUAAAACCUGAAUUGCUCUACUGUCAGUUGAUUAAUCAAGGAUAUUCGGAGUAUUUGGAGAAAAAUUUUCCUUUUAUUAACAAUAUCUAUGAUACAACGUAAUGUAAAUGAAUAAUAUUCAAAGAAUUUUGUUACAGUAAAAUUUGAAAAAGGAGUUUUGUUUUGAGGUUAUGGAUAAUACAAUGUUAAUUGUAGAAUAUCAAUCUGUUUAAGUUAUCGACGCUUCUACUUUAUUAAACUCAGAGAUCCAGUAUAUUAUCAGGGUAUCUCGUUAAUUACUGAUGUGUUAAUAUUUCUGUUACUAUGUAGAUUUCAUUUUAAUGAUAUUAAAACUGACAUGGUGACAUUUAACAGCUUUUCUGUUUAAACUUAUCUAAAAUGUACUUGAAUAUUUUUUUGGAAGACUACAUCUACCAUAUUUCGUUAUUGAGGGAAUGUGUGGGAAAAUUUUUGAAGGUUAAAUUUGAUGUAUUAUUGGCUGACCGAUUUCAAUUUCAUUCUUUUGUGUUUAAUACACUAUGUGAUAAGCAUAAUUUUGCAAGCUUUCAUUCUCGAUUCAAAAUCAACAUUGAUGCACAAUAGGCUUGUUGAUUUAAAAAAAGCUAUACCCACGCAUAGGGCCCCAAAAUUUUUUUCAAAAUUGGAACCAGGGUAUUCCCCUAAAAUCUGUAUGCGGCAUGUGAAUAAGCUUACUGAAGUAGUAGAAUAAUAGUUAUUGAUAAUUUGAAAAUUGUGUGCUCAUUUUGUUGGGACAAAAUGUUUAUAUUGGCUGUAAUACACUUAUUAAAAGGGAAGCAUUAUAAUAAUUUAUCACUAUUUUCAAUUCAACCGGGAAUAUACAUUUUUUUUUGUUUCACAUAUGUUUGAAUCAGGAAUAAUCAAAACUGUAUAAUUUGACUCCUCUGAGUUUAUUUUUAAAAAUGUUUUCAAAUAUGUAAAUUAGAUCAUUCUAAAUUGGCUUAUUUUAAAAAAACACAUACUUAUACAUAUUCAUGCGUAUUUAUCAAUGCUCUUUUUUAUUAUGAAAAAGAGUUAUAAUAAAGACAUUAAUCGGCUUGCUGUUUUCAAUAUGUACCGUACCUAAAAUGGCCCUUCUCUGAUAUGUGAUAUGAAAUUCUCAAAAUGAUAUCUCCCAAUUUGAAUUAAUCUCAAAAUACUACCCAUAUUGAAUCUGAAUAUAACUAUUAACUACUGGUACUACUUUUGAAAGUUUUGUUUUUGUAAUAUUGCUCCUUUUAAUUCUAAACUAAUCAUUUAGGCAAAUGUAUUGAUUGUGUAACAUUUUAUGUAUAAAGAACAUAAGGAAAUACCUAUUUAUACAAAUAGGACUGGGAGUCUGGGAUUAUUGUAAAUUUUGCGACAUUUGGUUAUUGGCAAUAUAACACGAAAAAUUUAACUUAAUCUUCAUUGUAUCAUUCUGUUUUCAAUUCCCAUUCAUCCAACUUUUUCCAAACCACACAUUUACAUUUCUAGCCAAGUUUGCAUUUAUUGGCUAUCUCGCCAAAUUUUAAAAUGAUUUCUAUCAGUUCCGAAAGUUAACCAGAGUUCAAAUGUUCUUAUUUUUGUCCGCUGAUAAUUUGUGAAGAUAAUUCUCUCAUAGUUUAUGCUUACCUAAAUGAUUCUGUUAUUUGCUUGUCUGCAUGGUGUAUUGCUUUUUUAGCACUGGGUAAAAUUCAUAACAUUUCUUGUGUAUUUUAUAACAGA